AUGACUCAAAUCUCUAAAGUUUCUUAUAAUCGCCCUACCAUACAAGCCAAGCGUGACCAUGCACAAGCGACAAGCUUUUCCGUCUCGACGGAACAUACAAAGCUUGAGUCUUUUGAAAUGGACAAAUAUUCCAAGCUCGAAGGCCUUCGUGCACAGCUGUAUAACCUAUUAACGAAAGCACCCUUUUCCAAUCUCCGUAAACGAGAUACUAUUUUGCACAAGCUGUUUCGAUUACUAUAUUGCCCAAAUCGUUAUAUCUCAUGCCGUGAAAAACAACAUAUCCAUCGAGCAGUCACUACAAAAAGUUUGUUGCAUAGCUCACCUGGUGUGAUUGACAUAGUUUGGAAAGACGAAAGUGAACAAAAAGAAGGCUCGGUUGAUGACUUUGAUACGGAAGCUAUGCAGUCGCCGUUAUCCAUGACUGUAAUCAACGACGACAGCAGAUCUUCGUAUUCGGAGUCAUCUACUUGUACCAAAUACAGCUUUCCUGAUACUGCUUCUUCGAUAUCCUGUACAGCUCAAAAAGAUUUAGAUGCAUACAAGCAAAAAUUGAUGACGGAUAAGAGUGAAGACCAUAACGGUAUCGAUUGGUUUUCCAUGGAUAGUGAUGAUGAGGAAUCACUAAGCUUUUCGAGUUCUGACAUAGAGAAAAACUUUUCCAUUUUGAAAGAAUUAUUAAAAAAUCCAGAACAAAAGUCCGAUAGUCAAGUUGUGCAGGGAGAAGACAUUGACCGUUUGGAGAGCAUGUGGAGAUCACUGAAUAAUGGCUCUACUGAUGAUCCUUCUAUACUACUUCUCCGUUUAGAAUUUCUGUUGGCAGAUUUGCAAACAGCCAUUCGUAAAUAUCCAGAGAUGACCUGUGGGAACUAUCAUAAUGAAGCGUUUUUUGACAAAGUGAAAGUGGAGCUUCAAGGUUUUGGUAUCUGCGUAUAA